UCAGGCAUGUGGGGGGGCGAGCUUGGGUGACGCGGUGUUCACGUGACCGGCCAGGCGCAGACGUGGGCACCAGCCCCCACGUCCGCUUGCCCGCCCUGCGGUCUGGUCCUGGCAACCGCGCAGAACCAGCUCCCUGAGCUACCCUAAGCAGCAGACCAGCUGCGAGUGGGUUUCUGCACGCCGGAGAAGGCGCACAGGCCUGUCCCAGCUUUCCUCAGGUCUGCACCUCUGUUGUUCCCAGCGCAUUGUGACAUCUGAAAAGGAGGAUCGACCUGCCCAGGAUCCCUGCAGGACAGGAAAAGGAGGGAAAUCUUGACAUGGAAGAACUCCGCGGUGAAAACGAAGGGAAGCUGGAAAAGGAGGGAAAGCCAGAAGAUGAAGUAGAGUCUGAAGAUGAAGAAAAGUCAGACGGGGAAGAGAAGCCAGACAAGAAAGCGAAGCCAGCACGCCAGGGGAAGCUAGGGGAGGGGGCAAAGCCAGAGGAGCAGGGACAACCACAAGAUGAGGGCAAGUCAGAAAAGCAGGGAAAGUCUGAAGGGGAGGGCAAGCGCCAAGGGGAGGGCAAGCAGGAUUCCCAGGCAAAGCCAGGCAGCGAGGCACGAGCCGCAGAAAAGCGCCCUGCUGAAGAUUAUGUGCCCCGGAAAGCAAAACGAAAAACAGACAGGGGGACAGACGAUUCUCCCAAGAACUCCCAGGAGGACUUACAGGACAGGCAUGUAAGCAGUGAGGAGAUGAUGAGAGAGUGUGCAGACAUGACAAGGGCGCAGGAAGAGCUGAGGAAGAGGCAGAAAGUGGGAGGUUUUCACUGGAUGCCCAGAGAUGCACAGGAUGCGCUAGUCCCCAGGGGCCAGCGGGGAGUCAGGGGAAUGAGGGGCGGAGGCAGGGGCCAGAGGGGCCUACAUGACAUCCCAUACCUUUAAUGCCUUUGGCCUUCGAUUCUGAUUUCUCAGAUAAGAACGAACACCGCUGGCCCUGCUUUCCCUGGUAGAUACUUGCCAGGCCCUGUGCUUCAACCUUCAGCCGAAACUCUGCUUAGGUUCACUGUCCUUUUGACCCAACUACAGUGCUCUCUGUCUUUUAGUACAGGAUUUUCACCCACGUGCAUGUACAUUGUAAAAUAACAAUAAAAUGUUUGCAGAACUACA